AUGAAAUUUGACGAAUUGUUGUUCACUAACCUGGGUGAAUUUGGUCGUUAUCAAAAAAUACAGUUUGUAUUGGUAUGCUUGCCGAUUAUAUUUGUUUCCAUGCAUGCACUCUCGUGGACAUUUAGUGCUGCCUCUGUUCCGCAUAGAUGUCGUUUGCCUAAUGAAAGAUCGGAUGCAAACUAUUGGACACAGAGUGAUCUGCUUAUAACAGCAGCAAAUUGUACGGAGAAAACACGGUGUAGAUAUCGAGAAUGCCAGUUACGUAAUGACUCGACGUGCCGACGUGGAUACAUUUAUGAUUUAUCAGAAAUCAAGAGUACCCAUAGCUCAAUAACUCAGUGUAACCCAUCACCUGAUAUUGUUACCAAAUACGCAGUUGGGAUGUUGUGGACUUCUUCUAAAAGGAAUUUAUCAUCAUGGUGGAAUAUCGUGUGCGAAUGGUCAGUGUUGAAAGCAUUCAUUCAAUCAACAUAUUAUAUUGGACAAAUGGGUGGUUCGCUUCUGUUUGGCUUCCUAGGUGACAGGAUUGGUCGUAAAAAAGUAUUCUUCAUCGCGAUAAUUAUGCUAAUAAUAUCUGGUGUUUUGAUGGCAGUAGUACCGUAUUGGACAGCAUUUGCUUUACUACGGACUACUGUCGGAUUUGCACAUCCUGGCAUUUUCGUUAUUGCUGUUGUAAUUGGUAUGGAAUUAGUUGGGCCUUCCAAAAGAAAAGUUGCUUCGGUAAUAUCAGGAAUAUUUUUUUCAUUUGGUCAAAUUUUUCUGGGAGGUCUUGCAUAUUUCAUUCGCGACUAUCGGUAUCUGCAGCUUGCCAUUUCGUUACCUGCACUGAUAUUUAUGUGCUACUGGUGGAUUGUUCCUGAAAGUGCACGAUGGCUUGUGACACAGCAUAAGUAUGAAGAAGCGGAUAAAAUAUUGCAACGUGCGGCAAAAAUUAAUGGUGCGCGCUUGCCGGAAAAGUGGUGGGAUCAGAUUGAUUUCCCAGAAAAGACUGCACAGAAUCGUUCUCCACAAAGAAAAUAUAACUAUCUUGAUCUUGUUCGGACACCACGCAUACGAUUGCGUACAUUUGCAUGCCUUUUCUUAUGGCCAGUUGUGUCGAUGAUUUAUUACGGUGUUUCGAUGAAAACGGAUUUUCUUGGUGGUGAUUUUUAUGGAACAUUUAUUAGUGGUGGUGUAGCUGAAAUACCAGCUCUUUUGCUGCUCUUUGCAUUAAUCGAUAGAAUUGGCCGGAAACCACUCUUCGCCGGAGGAUACUUUCUUGCUGCAUUAUGCAUGCUUUCUAACCUCAUUCUCCCUUCUGAAGUGCAUUGGAUUAUUAGCCUCAUACAAUUUUUAAUUGCAAAAGCUUCUAUAACUGGCUGCUAUGCAGUAAUUUAUACUGUUACUCCCGAAUUGUAUCCUACAGUGAUUCGUAAUUCAGCAGUGGGAUGCUGUUCGAUGGUUGCUCGUGUUGGCGCCAACCUGUCUUGUUAUAUUGUUAUGUGGAUUGUGGAACAGUUUGGAACAUGGGCAAUGAUCAUUCCGUUUGGUAGUCUUUCACUGGUAGCAGGUUUAAUUGUAAUAUUUUGUAUACCUGAAACAAUGGGCAAACCAUUACCAGAAACAAUUGAAGAAAUUGAAGAUCGUUUCCAUCCAGCCAAUGAAGAAAUGUUAACGCUGUCAAAUGCUGCAAAAAAGAAAGAUGAUUCUGGGUAG